UAUUGUAUUGUAAUAUUGUGUGCGCAUGCUUGAUUAAGCAUCUAGGUUUCCACAUGCGUUUAUAAGUUCAGUAUUCGGAAAGAUUUUAUAGUAGUAGUCGAGAUUGAGGAGUUGCAUAUCGAAUAAAGUUAUAAAAACCAAACGUAGUUUUCUUAUGGACAUGACAAUAAUCUGGCGACGAGGAUUAUGGUAAAAAUUAUUGGAUUGCUUAUUCCGGCUUAUGAAUUUUAAAGAGUAUGUCGGACGCAGAUGGUGCUGCAAGUUCUCAGCCUAGUUCCAGAGGAAGAAGUCCAUCCAGUGAAGUGAGAGUGAGCUGGGUGUACGAACUUAAUAAACAAGAACUAAUUGAAAAACUAAAAACGUAUAACGUUACUGUGAGUGAAACUGAUAGUGUUGAUAACCUACGAAAAACGCUCGUCAAAAAACUUCGUGGAAAAAACGAAACUUUCACAAAGAAGGAACUAUACAGGUACGACAUGUUCGACUUUAAUAAAAUAAGUUUUACCCUAAACAAAGACAAUUGGGAAGUUUUUGUCGAAAGACUAGAAUUAAUUUUCGAGUGUCAGUGUAUUCCGCCGGAAAGACAAAGUGCAGAACUGUUAACAAGGGUUUGUCAAGAGACUUUCAUGUUGUUUCGCAAUUUAACUUCACCAAAAAAGGCCAAAGAUCUUUCCUACUCUGAUUUAGUUAAUAUCAUGAACUCUCAUCUUCAUCCAAAGCCUUCAGAAAUUUCCGAAAGAAAUAAAUUCUACGCCACGAAACAAUUACCUUCGGAAUCAAUACACGCAUUCCUUACAAAAUUGAAAGAAAGAUCUUUUUAUUAUAAUUUCAAGGACCUUGAUAUUGCUCUUCGUGAUCAAUUUGUAUUUGGACUUAUAAAUCACGAAACAAAAGUGGAAUUAUUUCGUCAAGAAAAUCUAACAUUUCAAAGUGCAGUGAAGAUAGCGGAGGAUCGAGAAGCAGCUAUAAAAAAUUCCUUAUCAAUGAAGCCCGCAUAUGCUGUGUCUGAAGAUACAAUUUUUUACAUGAAUAAGGCUGGUUCAAAAUAUUCCAAUCAUCAACAAUACAGAGGAAGGGGAAGCGGAAACGCAGAAGGAAAAUUCAAAUCUUCGCAUCCAAACAACGCAGCCGCGGCUUCCACUUCCAAAGACCAGAGCCAGAAACUCAUCAGCGACAAUAGACAAAGACAACACGAUAACAGGAGCAGCUACAGACGAGAAGACAGAAACGGCAGCCGUAGGUCGAAUGUGUCAAACAAUUCUCAGGUACAUAUAACCUCAAAAACGCGUAAUAAUAAUGAAUGUUAUUGUUGUGGUGGAUUUAAUCAUUUCGCAAGAGACUGUAAACUUGGGUGGAAAACUUGUAAUUAUUGUAAUGUAAAAGGUCAUAUUGAUAGAGCAUGUCUAAAAAAACAAAACGGAAUUAAUUUAGUCAAUGACAACUUAUUAGAAAAUGAAGAUUUGGAUAGUUCUGAUUUAGAUUUUUAUUAUAUGCAGCAAAACAAUUUUACUGAAUUUCAGCUAAGAAAAUUCACAAGGCAGAUAUUUCAUUGUCCAGCUAUGACAGAACAAAAUUGA